AGGGAAAAAAUACACCGAGAGCCGUGCAAAAACGAGGUUAUGCCAUGUAGAUGCAUAGCAAAGGGGAAGCUAAUGACUUCAGGAAUAAGAACCGAGGGGGCAGGAAAGUAAGCUGUUCAGGUGAGCCGUGUGAAAGGUUGCUUUUGAUCGCAAGAUAAAGGUUGCGCCAAUAAGUGGCUUUGGCUGCUACAUGAAGUUGGGAAAUAGGGUUUGACCUCGUGUUGACAGACAGCCUGGAUUAAACGCUGCCUGCAGAAGGAGCAGCGGGAGGAGAAGGAGAAGAGCAAUCAAUUCUUGCAAACAGAUUCAACAAAAAUAAUAAUAAUAAUUACAACAUCCUCUCCAUAUCUCAACUGUGCAAUCGCAAAAGGGGAGUGUUUACUCUGAGACUCUCGCCACUGUUGACCUCUAAUAGACUUGGGAGGAACCAGCAGCAGAGGCUCUGCAAGACAGCUGCUGGCUGCACCAUCAUGGCGGGUGAUAUGAUGUUGCUUAUGCGAGGCUUGGCCAAGUUGAGCCAGGCUGUGGUGGAGACCCAGAGCAACGCCGUGCGCAGUGGGACCGGAGUCGCAGGCGUCGGUGCUGCUGUCCAGAGCGUCCAAUCAGCCGCAGAGCAAGGCCUGUCUGUAGCCAUGUCGAAAAUGCAGGAGCUGUCCGGCCAACAGCAAAGCACCUCGGAGUCGGAGUUUGACUUUCCUCAUGAUGAGACGCCGUUCACAUCAUCAGAGUUCAGGGAAGAACACGCGGACGUUACCGCUGAUCGUGCAGAAACUGGUACUGAUGGCGCAGCAGGGACUAGCAACACGAGUGGGAAAAAGUCAAUGUUCGAGGGAUACAAAGAUCCAAGCAACCAGUUUAAUGGCUACACAAGAUCCUACCACCAAGAUUCCAGGCAUUUCCUUGGACAUCAGCGGUAUAACCACAGCCUGAGCAGGCACGUGUUGCAGGAGGUUAAUUAUCCACACCAGGUCGGCCGGUUCAGGACCUACCAUCAGGACCAGUCCUCAGUGGGAGGACUGACAGCUGAGGACAUAGAGAAAACCAGCCAGAGCAAGAGGGCUGACUCGAAGCCGCACAAACAGAUGCUGAGCGAGCGAGCCAGAGAGAGGAAGGUGCCUGUGACCCGACUUGGCAGAUUGGCCAACUUCGGAGGUUUAGCUGUCGGUUUAGGUAUUGGAGCCCUAGCAGAAGUGGCAAAGAAGAGCAUUGGAAUGAACGGAGCUGCAGGUGAAAGUAAGAAAUCUGUUCUGGACUCCAGCCCCUUCCUGUCCGAGGCCAACGCUGAGCGCAUCGUCAGGACCUUGUGCAAAGUCAGAGGAGCCGCUCUUAAACUUGGACAAGCUCUAAGUAUUCAAGAUGAUGCGUUUAUCAAUCCUCAACUCGCCAAGAUCUUUGACCGCGUCAGGCAGAGCGCUGACUUCAUGCCAAUCAAACAAAUGACAAAGGCGCUGAACAGCGACUUGGGUCCAAACUGGAGGGACAAGCUGGCAUCGUUCGAGGAUCGUCCGUUUGCAGCCGCCUCCAUCGGGCAGGUGCACCUGGCGAGGAUGGAGGACGGCAGGGAGGUGGCCAUGAAGAUACAGUAUCCCGGUGUGGCUCAGAGCAUCAACAGUGACGUCAACAACUUGAUGACUGUGCUGAACAUGAGCAACGCUCUGCCUGAGGGUCUGUUUCCAGAGCAUCUGAUAGAUGUGAUGAGAAGAGAGCUGGCCCUGGAGUGUGACUACAUCAGAGAAGCUCAGUGUGCAAAAAAGUUCAGAGAGCUGCUGAAGGACGACCCGUUCUUCUACGUGCCGGAGGUGAUCGAAGAGCUGAGCAGCAGCCACGUCCUGACUACCGAACUGGUUCCUGGAUUUCCCCUGGACAAGGCAGAGAGCCUCUCGCAGGAGCUGAAGAACGAGAUCUGCCAGAACAUCUUGUUGCUGUGCCUCAGAGAGCUGUUUGAGUUCAGGUACAUGCAGACGGAUCCAAACUGGUCCAACUUCUUGUACGAUCCAAACACGCACAGGGUGGCGCUGUUGGACUUUGGUGCUACUAGGGGUUUUGAUCAAAAUUUCACCGACGUCUACGUAGAGAUUAUCCGUGCCGCCUCCGAAGGCGACAGAGAGGGAGUGCUAAAGAGAUCUAUUGAGAUGAAGUUCCUGACAGGAUACGAGUCCAAGGCCAUGAUAAACGCCCACGUGGACGCGGUGAUGAUCCUCGGCGAGGCGUUCACGUCGUCCGAGACCUUCGACUUCGGCGCCCAGUCCACCACCGAGAGAAUCCACAACCUGAUCCCGGUGAUGCUGAAGCACCGGCUCACCCCGCCUCCGGAGGAGACGUACUCGCUGCACCGCAAGAUGGGCGGCUCCUUCCUCAUCUGCUCCCGGCUCAACGCCAAGCUGCAGUGCAAGGAUAUGUUCCAGAAGGCGUACGAGAAGUACUGGGAGGGCCGCACGCCUCCCACCGUCUGAGCUGGUCCGGUGCCGAUACGACGGACUCGUCCUGGGGCCAACAGCGAAGUGCCGAUCGAUUGGGCGGGAGGGGGCAGGGGGCUAAGUUUAGACGAACUGCAGAGUGGAGGAUGUGAGGACAAUGCGUUUCCUGUUUGACGUUUCCAGGAGCUAUUAUAGAGUUUCAAAGGAACAUCUGAAGUGGGAGCAGCGACUCGCUGAACGAAUGGAGAUGAAUGUAGAAAAGUUGGAGGAAUCUCUGCUAUUUUCGUUAUGAAUAUUUUCUCCUUUUGUGUUGCUGUGUUUUUGUUUUCUUGUUCAACUUUUAGAUACCAUGAACUCGAAAGAGCUAAAAGUCAAAAACAAAGGAAAGAAAGAAAUCAUGGCAUUAAUACGACUUUGUUGGCUUUUCGGGUCUCACUUUUGACCAAUUUGUUUGCGUCGGAAAGAGUAGCUAAUUUUGAUUUAUGAAUAUAAGGAAAACGCUGAUUAAGAACAGAUUAGCGACCGUUUUGUUGUUGAAGUCGAGAGGUGUCGUCAGCUUUUACGCACAAGCUCUGACUCGCUGUGUAUUAUUAGCUCGCCGGUCGUAUUUCGCUCUCGGUUUAUAACUGUAGCCGCUUCAAUUUCAAUGGGACUAACAUGGAUGAAAAUAGUUUGUCGCUUUAAAAAAAAAAAAAAAAAAAAAGGCAUGAUUUUGUUUAAACCAGCUGAUAAGUUCUUCAUUCUGUCCUGGUUCUGAUUUUCAGCCAUACUUUUCAUUGUAUUCCAGUCGGCUACAAGUCUGAAAGCAAAAUGUAUGUGUAGCUAACACAAAACGAAAGAUCCUUCCUGCGGUUAGUCAUGAAUGUUCAUGAGACGACGCGGCGGGCGGGCAGGAGGCUCAUCAUCCAGAGGACGCACAUCGCUCGCCCGUGGGCUCAUAUCGCUUCCCACACGCCGGUGAUCUUUCCACGCCUCCUCGGGUACAGACUCCUCCAUCACCUGGCGGCCAUGUGACUGUGAAAGUUCUCAACGUUCUGAUGUGUGAAUGCAGUUUUAAUGCUACCUGGUGUGAAAAGGGGAUGGGAAAAAAGCAAAGAGUAAUGUGCCUGUCAUUCUCCGCAGAAGGCUUUUAGCCUGAAAAUGUCGAUUUUUGUUUCUAAUGACCGUUUCCAAUUUUAUAAUCAAAAUGCAACUGAAAGUUAGAACAAUAUAUUGUAUAGAGAAAUUAAAUGUUUAAGCCCUA